AAUUUCAAAACAGGCGUCUUCUAUCUUCUUCCUCCUUCCGAUAUCGCAUUCCCUGAGAAAUCUAGGGUUUUCGUUCAUUGCCAAUGGAUUUAGGGUUCUACAUCUUCAAAUUCCCACAUCCCUAGGGUUUUCCAUUUCCAAAUUCCUCCACCCAAAUCCAUGGAUUCAAAAGCGUCUGCCAAAUCCAAGAGAGCUCACUCUCUACGCGGCAACAACAAAAAGUCUCCUCACUCAAAUCCAAACCCUGGAAACCUUCCCCAAUCAGCUCCAAACUCUAACAAGAAUCAAAGCAGAGAGAAUAAUCGUCGAUCUCACGCGGCUCCUGCUCUCCCCUCUAAUUGGGAUCGGUACCACGAGGACGGAAUCGAUUCCAAUACGGAAGAUCCUUCCGUCGACGUCGACCACACCGGACGAGCCGACAUCGUCGCGCCGAAAAGCAAAGGGGCUGAUUUCGCAGAAUUGAUUUCUCAGGCUCAGACCGAUGCACGGGCCCGUACUAACCCUAAUCCGGAGAGUUUCGUCUCGUUCGAUGAUGUUUUGCCUGACCUAAAUCAGGGAGUAAGCGCUAUGCUUUCUGUCAGGGGAAAGUGCCUUUUGUCAUGGUGUGGAGAUGAUAAUUUCAUUGUGGAUGACAAUGCAACAUCAAGUUAUGAGGCAUCAUUUCUCUCCAUGGAUCUGCAUGCUCUUGCUGCACAACUUGAGAAAAUAGAUGUUUCAGAAAGGCUAUUUAUUGAAGUAGAUCUAUUACCUGCAGAGCUGCAUGUUGAUGUAUCGAAAGAAAGCAGCAGUCAGGGAUAUGGUGUAGCUACGUUAGGUGCUAAUGCAGGAUGCUCUGAUGAUGAAAAGACUCUGAAUUAUAGGGAUGAGGUAAUGCCUUCUACAGAUGCCAGUAUUGCUAGUUCACAAGCUGUUGGAGGUCAUGACACCAUACAGAGAGCCAACAAAAGUGCAUCAUUUCUGACCACCUCUGAGGAAGGGGCCAAACCAGAUCCCUUAAAUCAGAGAGGAUUUGUGGAGUCUACACCACAGUUCAAUCUUUAUUCUGCAGCAGACUCGAAGGAGAAAACCUCAAGAUUUCAGGCAGCAGCAGCUGAAGCGGAGCUCGAUAUGCUCCUCAAUUCUUUUGGUGAAACGACACCGCUCGACUCAAUUAGCAUAGAUGAGAAGAAGCCUAACAAGGCAGAAGCAGCUGUGGUGGAGCUCGAUAUGUUUCUCAAUUCUUUUAGUGAAACAAUGCCACUCGACUCAGUUAGCAUAGACAAGAAGAAGCCUGGUAAUGAUUUCCCUGCUGUGGAAUGUGAAGAACCUGAUGCCUCCAGACAUGUAUCAAUGGCUGUUUCUCUCGAUGAUGCGAUCGAUGACUUGCUUGGGGAAACGUCCAUCACAGGUAACCAAAAGAAUGGACCAUUACUGGGACAAGAAAGAGGAGCCCCGGUUAAUCUCCCUUCUCAUUCUUCAUCAAAUUCUGUUUCAAAGGCCUUGGAUGAUUUUGAUUCAUGGUUGGAUACACUUUGAAUGAAUCUGUAUGUACUUGUAAUUUGGCCAA